GUAUUUUUGACAUUGAAGUUUGCCACUAAAGAUGGCGGACCCAGAUGUUCUCACUGAAGUUCCUGCAGCAUUGAAGAGGUUAGCCAAGUAUGUCAUCCGAGGAUUUUAUGGCAUUGAACACGCCUUGGCCUUGGAUAUCUUGAUUCGAAACCCCUGUGUGAAAGAGGAGGACAUGCUGGAGCUGCUCAAGUUUGAUCGGAAGCAACUUCGAUCGGUUUUGAAUAAUUUAAAGGGAGACAAAUUCAUCAAAUGCAGAAUGAGGGUAGAGACUGCUGCAGAUGGGAAAACCACUCGCCAUAACUACUACUUUAUCAAUUAUCGUACUCUCGUUAAUGUAGUAAAAUAUAAGUUGGACCACAUGAGAAGGAGGAUUGAAACUGAUGAGAGAGAUUCCACCAACCGGGCUUCCUUCAAAUGUCCUUUUUGUAGUAGUACUUUUACAGACUUAGAAGCUAAUCAGCUUUUUGAUCCCAUGACAGGAACUUUCCGCUGUACUUUUUGUCAGACGGAGGUAGAAGAGGAUGAAUCAGCAAUGCCCAAAAAAGAUGCACGCACACUUUUGGCAAGGUUUAAUGAACAAAUUGAGCCUAUUUAUGCACUGCUUCGGCAGACAGAAGAUGUGAACUUGGCCUAUGAAAUACUUGAACCAGAACCCACAGAAAUCCCAGCGCUGAAACAGAGCAAGGACCGUGCAACAACUACUGCUGGAGCUGCUGGCCUGGCAGGUGGGCACCAUCGGGAAGCAUGGGCCACUAAAGGCCCCUCCUAUGAGGAUUUAUACACUCAGAAUGUUGUCAUUAACAUGGAUGACCAAGAAGAUCUUCAUCGAGCCUCACUGGAGGGAAAAUCUGCCAAAGAGAGACCCAUUUGGUUGAGAGAGAGCACAGUCCAAGGAGCAUAUAGUUCUGAAGAUAUGAAAGAAGGUGGCAUAGAUAUAGACACAUUUCAUGAGCGCGAGGAUGGCCGUGCAGGGCCGGAUGAUAAUGAGGAGGUCAUGCGAGCACUGCUCAUUCAUGAGAAGAAAACUCCCUCUGCCACGGCUGGCUCAAUGGGGGCAGCUGCUCCUUCGACCACGGCCAAUGGAAGCGACUCGGAGAGUGAAACUAGUGAGUCAGAUGAUGACUCUCCACCCCGUCCAGCGGCAGUGGCUGUGCACCAUCGGGAAGAGGAUGAGGAGGAUGAUGAGUUUGAGGAGGUGGCAGAUGAUCCUAUAGUCAUGGUGGCUGGCCGUCCAUUCUCCUACAGUGAAGUGAGCCAGCGGCCAGAGCUGGUGGCCCAAAUGACACCAGAGGAGAAGGAAGCAUACAUAGCAAUGGGACAACGCAUGUUUAAGGACCUCUUUGAGUGAGAUUUUCCUACCUUGUCCUCCUUUCUCUAAUGCUCAUUUCAAAAAGAAAUUCCCCACCUUGUGAAGAAAAGUGUUUAAGUGGCUUUCUGCCCCUCUUGAUGUAGAACAACUGUUCAUUAAUCUUGUGCAAAAAAUAAGGGGAGAGAAAGUUUGAUUUUCAUACCAGAAAUUCCCCAACAAGGUAGGUCGAUUAUAAGCAUUCCCUUCCCUGCUGAUUUCCUACAGUAUUAAUAUUUUACUGUGUUUACUUAUCU